AGCCAUCGACUCGAAGAAAGAUCUUCUAACGGGUCUAACCAAUGUUGCCAUGCCCACCAAGCCAAGUGACACGAGUAACUUGCGAGAAGUCGUGUCUGUAGCCGUGGGGGGCAAGAGUGAUGGUGACUGACAAUAUUGACGUUGCAGAUGGACUUGUAAAUGGAACUAUUGCAACAGUUGUUGGCAUUGACAGCACAGGCCCUUAUGUCCAUACCAUCCUGGUUAAAUUUGACAGUGAUCGUGUCGGCAAACAAGCCAUCGCCGAGAGCCAAUAUAAGCAGGCUUACCCAGGAGCAGUACCCAUCAAAAGGCAAAGCGUUCAGUUCUUCACUGAUAGGGGAAGACGGUCGGUCCAAGCACAACGUGCUCAAUUUCCACUGUCAUUAGCAUGGGGCUGCACCAUCCAUAAAGUUCAAGGCAAGACAUUGGACACAAUUGUUGUCUCAAUGGAAAGCAAAGGUUGCUUCAUGCCUGGCCAAGCUUACGUUGCCCUCAGUCGGGUGAAGAGCCUAAAUGGGCUGUAUCUUUUGGGGUUUGAAGCAAGUGCAAUUCGUGUAAACCCAGCUGUACUGUCAGAAAUGAGCCGCCUAAAACAAGAGCUCGUCCUGAAGGCUCCACUACCAUCUUUCACCGCUACUCGUGGCACUUGUCUCAGCAUCAAGUUACUCAACAUACGGUCUUAUACGGAACAUCUGCAAGACUUAAAAGCAGACAGGUCGACACUUCCUGUUGAUGUUUUCUGUUUCGUUGAAACCUUUCUGCAAAAGCAUCAACAGAUUGAACUAUUCAUUCCAGAAACUCGAGCCUUCAGAGCAGAGAGAAUAGGAAGAGGCGGUGGAGUCAUGAACCUUGCCAAACAAGACGUUAAUCCCACAGAUCUUCAUAUCGCAGUCCAGGGACUAGAACACAUAGCUACCACUGUCACCAAAGCAUCCACCACAGUCAACAUCAUCAACAUCUACAGACCGCCCUCCUUGCCGGAAGCAGUCUUCAUCGGAAAACUGCAAAAUCUGUUACACCAACUUCCCUGGAACAUCAUGACAGUUAUCCUCGGUGACUUCAAUUUUGAUCUCUUGAAAUGCCCACCUCCCCAAAUUCUACCUGUUAUGAGGCAGUUUGGCUUCAGCCAACAGGUUCAAGUUCCUACCACAGAUUAUGGUACCCUUCUCGAUCACGUCUACGUACGUGGCCAUGGACAAGACAGCGUUCAAGUCAGUGUUCAGGACACAUAUUACACAGACCAUGACAUGGUGUGUGUUUCCUUGAUGCUAACACAUCAGACUGCUUCUUAG